AUGUCGGCUCUUUGGCGACUGGCCAUGACAUCGCGACGUAGUAUGUUCUCCUUCGCUCAAAAGCCGCUCUGGCAGUUACCGCCCAAUUCGGGGCCUCCAAUUCCUCAGCAGGAACGUGUCGACGAGGAGCUUUGUCCUGCCUACAAUUCCGCGGAUUUCUACCCAGCAAGGCCCGGGGAAGUACGGGUCAAGAAAUUCCAACUACUUACCAAGAUUAGCUGGGGAUCACAAUCCACCGUGUGGCUCGCCCGAGACAUUUCAAGAUUCAGAUGGGAAUCUGAGCGAACAGUAGCCCUGAAGAUAAUAAAUUGUAAUGAUGCCGAUGAUGUCCUGCAUGAGAAGGAAAUUGAAAGCCAUAUCGCUCAGCAAAGUCCAGAGCAUCGAGGCCGCGUGAUUCUACGGACGUGUUUGGAUGACUUCGAGAUCACUGGUCCGGAGGGAAAGCACAUGUGCCUCAGGCGCUUCGUUGAUCGAAAGCUUCCUUUGCCCAUUGCGAAGGCCUAUAUCUAUUUUCUCCUUGCUGGUCUUGACUAUCUCCAUUCGGAAUGCAAAGUUGUCCACGCGUAUCUAAAGCUCGGGAAUAUCCUCAUGAGCUUCGAAAACGAAAAUAUCCUUACCCGCUUCAUUCAGCGACAACAACCUAUGCAUUCCAAGAUUGAUCGCGAGAGUGGCCGGACUAUCUACCGCUGCCAUAAUGAUUUCGGUGCUCUUGAUGCGAAAGAAAUUAAGAACAUAGUUCCCAUAAUAGCCGAUUUCGGGCUUGCGACAAGACUCAACCAGCCAUCUACAAAAGACGGAAUGGUGGGAGAGCAACUUGGCAUUUAUCCCAUCCAACCAGACUACUACCGUGCUCCAGAGGUAAUUCUUGGCUGCGGUUGGGAUUCUAAGGCAGAUAUUUGGAAUUUCGGCGUGCUGGCAUUGCUUGCGAAAUCCCAGGUCAUGUCCGAGCACAACUGGCCCCAGCCCGUCACGAACGACUCUGGCAAGCUCUGCAAUAAUUCCCAAGAAUUCUUUGGUGGCCCUUUCUUUAACGCAGAUGAUGAAUUUCGACAUAAUGAGUUGAUUCCAUCUCAAAGCUUGGAGGACAGAAUCCCAUUCCUUGAAGAGAAGGAUCGAGAAGUAUUUGUAUCCUUUGUUCGACAAAUGCUUACCUGGCUCCCGGAGAAGAGGAAAACAGCUCAUGAAUUGAUGGAUCACCCGUUUCUGAAACUUAGGCGCUAA